CGUUUGCGACAGUGAGUUUUCACGGGAGCAGCGGAGGAGAGGCGGUGUACUCGGUAGCGACGAGAGUAUAUACACGAUUAGAAUGUUGUAUGUCGGCGGUGGAUACUUUUCAUCGUGAGUCCUUUAACGCCCCCGAAGAAGCGCAAUGGGCUUCUCUCGGCGCAUUUAACGCCCGGCCGAGACGAGGACCGCCACGAGGCGCGCCGAGCGCGAGAAGGCAUCUCGGAAGCGGCCCCCGCCAGAGGAUCCACGGAGGAAUCGAGACGGGAGACUCGUUUAGUGCCAAAACGUGACGAACGCCGAGAGACCGUGGUUCGUAGGUAGCGCGCGCGCGAGAGAGCGAGAGCGAGAGAGAGAGAGAGAGAGCGAUCUCGAGAGAAUAUCAGCGAGGAGGCAGCCCCCCCCUCCCUCGGCUGUCGAUGCGCGGCGUGCUGCGACCGUUCACGUGGAAGUCCUCCCCGAAACGCCAAACUCGAAAAGCGACUCCCGAUCCCGCCGAGCCGCCUCCCCGCACGCAGCCGUCCCAGCGGUACUUCACGUUUUUAGCGCAGCCCUCACUCGUCCCCGCGGCACUCACGAUUAUGUCGACAAACCGGAGAGCUGUGGCAGGACGUUCACUUGGCAGCCGUUGUUGAGUACCCCCCAAACAAUGAGUCUCUCCCCGGAGUUGCCGGACGCAAUCUUAGAAGCAUACAACUGAGAGAAUAUAUAUGGAAUCAAAAUGGCACGCAGACGUAAAACCGAAGUAAAAGCAUCUGAGAAAUCAUCUCAUAAAUAUGUACCUGUACGCAAAUCUAGCAGACAAAUAGCUAAGAAGCAAUUGGAAGAAAAAAAGAUAAAUGGAUACAUUACGCAAACAUCUUGCUCAAACAGUUCAGAGGACUCCAAGUCCGCUAGCGAAGGUCACAGCCAAGUUCUUUCAAAGAAGAAUCAAAACUCGCAGAAGAAAUAUAACAAACAUAAAGGUACUUCCAGUAACAGUGUAAUUGUAAAUAAUGAGAAUGCUGUAUACAAUGCCGCUCGGUAUAAGCGAGAUACGGGUGAAAGUGACAGUCAAGAUGGUAUAGAUAGUAUGAUUAAAAAUUCAGAGAAACUUAGUCCAGAGGAUGUACAGCAGGUUGUUAUCGGUAAUCCAAGUCCAAGCAAUGAAUCUAUACCUAUGCCUACAUCUGCAUCGGGUAAGGCAGAAACAUGGUCGGAGGAUGUCAUAGAGGAAAUGAUAAUCUGCGAAGAGAUGCAAGUGGACGAGGAUGUUGGGGACAACAAUUAUCCUCUGGCGCAGAAUAACGUUAUAGUUGAGGAGGUGUAUGUAAAUGAACCUGAUAUUGCAGACAAGAACAUUGUAGAAUAUACUGUGAUACAAAGUGAGGAUAGUGAAUCCAUGGUGUCUAAGUCAGAAAAAAUUUUGAAUGAUGAAUAUCAUGCCGUUAGAAAAGAUGUUAAUAGUGUACAUAUGGACAAGUCAGAAAAUUCCAUAUCAGCAAUGCACACGGAUGAAUCGGUCACUUCGUGCAGUAGUGGGAAUAGUAGUACUACAGAAUCUAAUCUCUCUGCUGAUAAACUUUAUAUCAGCAAGAAGAAAAUUGUGUUAGAAGACGGGAGUAAAAAACCAAAAAACAAGACAAUUUAUGAUAAAAUUAGAAAGGAAAUUUCAGAAUCGAUAUCCGAAAAAGUUCGUUUGUGUUCCAUCAAGGAUGAUUCGGGUUCUUCUACCGAGGAAGACAAUUGCAGGCGGGAAAGCAAAGACUUACAAGUAAAAAAUAUGCAUGUGGAUUCGUCAACGGAAGGUUCAUUUAAUAAAAUAGAUAAUAAACUGGCAGAUAUGCAGAUAAGCGAAUCUUCACAAGAAAUACAAAAGUUGGUGAAUGAUCUCUCGAGUGUGGAAAGCACGGAUUCUCUGGUACAAACUCCUUUAAAUAUAGAAAAAUUGUCUCCAAUGCAAUUAAAUAUUGAUGACGAAAGUAGUUCGUCAAUAUUAGAUAAAAUGGAACAGUUACAUCGCCCGAAUAAUUCUGUUAGCUCUCACGUUAAGGAGAUGUUCUCGAAAACUGUGGAACCCAACAAUAUUAUCAAAAAUCAGGAAGAAAAUAUCGUGGAAUCCAACUCUUGUGUUGAUAAACUUCAAUGUACAGAUCGAGUUUCAUUAAAAUCGAAAGAUAAGAGGAAUACGAGUCAGCAAAAGAAUCCAGAACAUUUAAUAACUAUCGAUGAAUAUCAAGAUAGUGAAGGAGAUAACAACAAAGUUGAUAAUGAAGAUGUCAAGUUAUGCAGCAGUAGUGAAAACAGUAAUGAUACAUUAGUAUCGCUCACUAAUUACAAAGGGCGCGACUUUGAUAUAAAAAGCACAAUUAACAGUACAAGUGAUAUUGACAAAAAAAUUGAAUUCAGAGGUCGUAGUGAAAGUAUUGAUACAACAGGCUCUGAAAAUAGUUCUAACAGUUCAGGUGUAAGACGAAGUAGUAGAAUUCGAUCGAUUGGAUUGAUGAAACAAAGAUCUCGCGGACGUGGAUUGGUUAACAAAACAAAACCUAAUAUAGACAUCUCAAAAGCCAAUCUUCAGCAAGAAAAAGAAAAAGUAGUUAAUAAUACGAAUUCUUCAAUUAUUCAGGAAGUAAAAAUAGAAAACUUUGAGACUCAAUGUGAUAAGGAAAAUAAUUCUAACAAGAUCUCAACAUCGAUUGAUACUUUGACACCAUUAAGUACCAGUUACAAUACCACAGGAUAUGAUUCUGACUCUUCAAAGCCAGUUAAAGUAAAAUCCCGUUGGCGGAGAUCGAGUGAGCUUGAAAUGGGUGGAUCAAAUGCAGGAUUUGGAUCUAUUAUUGCCCCUGUGUCAAUGCUUGGAUCGUCUAUUGCACCUCCAUCUGAAUCAGGACGUAAUGCACCAAUAAGUAGUAUAGGAGAAUUUACAUCAUCAGAAUCGAAACAUAAUGUUAUUAGUACAAAUAUGAAAAUUUGUACAGAAAAGAAAACAGAGCAAGACGUACCGGUGAUAUCCAGUAAUGUUUCUACUGUUUCAACAGUAUCACAAAUUCCAAAAACUAUAGGCGCAAAGAUUUCGUUGCCGAUGGUUCUCGAAACAGAAGACAGAGAAAUGGAAGAAAGACUGAGCCAGUUUGAGCACUUGCAUGAAAACUUGUAUCUUACUGAAAGAUAUACAAACAAAGAAACCAAAAGAAUGGUAUGUGAUUGUUUCUUAACGGAAGAAGAUAUUGAGAGAGGAGAACUUGGUUGUGGAGAAGAUUGCCUUAAUAGACUUCUCAUGAUAGAAUGCGGACCUAGAUGCGUAGUAGGUGAUAGAUGUACAAAUAGAAGGUUUCAAAAUUGUGAAUAUGCCAAAUGCGAAGUUUUUCGAACGGAGAAGAAAGGUUUUGGAUUACGUGCCAUUGUAGACAUAAUGGCGGGCGAGUUUAUAAUGGAGUAUGUAGGUGAAGUUGUAGAUCCAAAGGAUUUUAGACGUCGAGCAAAAGAAUAUUCCAAAGAUAAAAACAAACAUUACUAUUUUAUGGCAUUGAAAUCUGAUCAGAUUAUAGAUGCUACUAUGAAAGGAAAUAUAUCCCGAUUCAUUAAUCACAGUUGUGAUCCAAAUGCGGAAACGCAAAAGUGGACAGUAAACGGAGAAUUACGAAUAGGUUUCUUUAAUACAAAAUUUAUAACUGCUGGCGAAGAAAUUACAUUUGAUUAUCAUUUUCAACGUUAUGGCAAAGAAGCUCAGAAAUGUUAUUGUGAGUCAGUAAAUUGUCGGGGUUGGAUAGGUGAAACACCUGAGGAAGAGAAGGAGAAAAUUGAAAAGAAAGAAACGCGCGAAAGAGACACCAAGAAGAAGAAGGAAGAAACGAAACCUGCUGAUGAUUAUAUGGAGGAUGAAGAUUUGGAGGAAGAAAUAGAUAAAUUGUGCUCAGGCGGUUUAAAAAACCGUGCGCACACGUUAACAUUAAGUAGAUUAAUGGUUCGUAGCAGAGAAUUAGAACACAGAACACGUUUCUUACGGCUCAUUCAAAGUGGUGAACAACCGUGUCGAAGAUUGUUUUUGGAUUAUCACGGAUUGCGUUUAAUUUGGAGUUACGUUAUGGAUAUUGCCACAAACGAAUCGGAAGAAGCUCAACAAUUUCGCUUAGAAGUGCUGAAAACUCUAAAUACACUGCCAAUACCAAACAAGACAAUGUUAAUGGAUAGCAAAAUAUAUGGUGUAGUUGAAAGAUGGGCAAAAAGAUUAUAUCUUUCUCCAAAUGCUGAUUCCCCAGAAGACGAUCAGAGUAAAUCAAAGAUGAGCUGCGAGGAAUUGAGUAGUUCUGACAGCAAUGAGAAGAAAAGUCCCGAUGAACGUCUGACUGACAUUCCAGAUAAACGUAACAACAAUAUCGAAAGUUGUUUGGCAGUUGGCGAAGUUAAAACAGAGAAUACAGAUCAGAAUAUUCCCGAUUUGGCUUCUAGUCUUCUUGCUGAAUGGUCUAAUCUAAAAGAAGUUUUUAGAAUACCAAAAAAGGAAAGAAUUGAGCAAAUGAAAGAGCAUGAAAGAGAAGCAGAUCGGGGAUAUAGAGAAGAAUUGGAGAAAGAAGAAAAGAGAGGCACGUCGUAUGAUAGACAUAGAUCUGAUAGAUAUAAUCGAAGUGAGAUAGACAAACGUGGAGACAGGAGACGAGGACGAGAAUCUCCAGAAACCGAUCACACUAGAACGAAAGAUAAAAGAAUAGAAGAACGGAGUCUAGUUCCUAUACCACGAAUGACAAAGUAUGAACGUAGGCAAUUAUUCGCACUGAAAGUUGCAAAAGAAGAGGAGGAGAGGCAACGUCGUCAACAGCAAGAAUCGUGGCAAGAACAUGAGAACAGAUGCUUGGCAUUGGGUAUAGAUCCCCAUACUACUGCCAUGGUUGAUCCUCAAACUGGUUAUCCUGUUUUUUAUAAUCCAACUUUAGGCCAAUGGCAGCAUUAUUCCACUCCACAAGAUGGAGGAGAAGCGACGCAACAAUGCACUCCUGUUUACGUAGGAAGUGCGCAAUCUGCCGGUAUGAUGAGUCAGAGUCCCCAUGUACUGUCGUCAGCAAUGACAACCGACAUGUCGUCCGGAAUUACAACUGGUAUUCCACCUGGUGUGCCACCAGUAGCUUACUCAUUAAGUCAAACGCCUGUGUUCAAUCAAACAUCUUCCUAUUCUUUGACAUCGCAACCGUACACCGAAGGGCAACUAUCUCUUCCAAACAGUUUAGUGUCUGUUCACGGUGGCGUCCCUUCUACAUCAAUUCAAGCGCCUCUUUAUAAUCACAUCGAAAAUCCCGCAGAUCAACAAUUCUCUAAUCUCACGUCCGCGGAAAGUGUGACGGGCCGACCGCAGUCUGAAGUUCCGGCAAUAGAUUUGCCACCGAAGUGGAAGAGCGCGACGGAUAGCAGAGGUAGAACGUACUAUUACCACGUGAAGGAAAGAAUAUCGCAGUGGUUACCUCCGCCACCCGAUCACAUCGGAGUACAGCCAGACUCGUCGUCUACCUCGGAAUCGAGUGAAGAAUCCAGUUCGUCGAAUGAGGACGACGAUGAUAUUGAUGAUGAUCAUAACGAGGAUCAGAAAAACGAUGACAUGGAGGCAAGUAGCGUUCCAACAGAUAGUCCAUCGAGCGCGUCUAGGCCAAAUGUAUCUAAAAAAUUAGGUAGUCAUAAUCUGACUGGAAGUUUAUUGCCGGAAUCUAAGAAAAGAAGAGAUGGACUGGUCCAAGAAAGAAUUAUUAGUCCACGUAGGGAAGAGGAUCGUAUUGAUCAUAAAGCAUAUAAAGAAAUAAAAGAGAAAUUACGACGGCAGAAGGAAAGAACGAAACUAAAAGAUCAUGUUGAGAAAUUAAGAAAACAUAGGCGAAGUAAUAAAUCGAAGUCUCAUUCGCGACAUGGUUUGAGCAAGAUGCAAUCAACAUCAGCCGAGAUGUCUCCUAUGUCUGAAAGGAAAAUCAAGGAUACAUUUAGAAUAAAUAUGGCUAAUGUGAUGGUUCACUUUUUAAAUCCAUAUAGAAAAAAUGACUGCAAACAAGGUAGAAUAACUAAUACUGAAGAUUUCAAGCAUCUAGCUAGAAAGUUAACACAUUUUGUACUUGCUAAGGAAUUAAAACAUUGUAAAAGCGUGGAUGAAUUACAAUGUAAUGAAAAUGUUAAACAUAAAGCGAGAGAUUUUGUACGUAAGUACAUGAGCAAGUUCGGGGCAGUGUACCAGAAGGGUACAGACGAGGACUAGCUAUAAUUUAUAAAAAUGGAAAAUUUGUUAUUUAUUGCGCGAGCAACUUCUGCUACUGCGAAAUAUAUUUAGAUAAAUAUAUUUAGGCUCGUAUGUAGAUACACAUUUGUAAUUGUAUUAUUGUAAAAUAGACAAGUUUGUAUAUGCGUGAUGAAACGUUUUUUCAUGAUUUAGCAGUUAAUAAAUUUUAGCAAAUUUUUAAUUUUCCAUAUUUUAUGUGUAAAUUCGAUACUUGUUCAUUUAUACAUGCCAAUUACGCAUGUUGUAUCUUUUAUAAAUAUUGUAACUUAUAAUGCCAAUAUAAACACACACAGUGUAAAAAUAUAUACUCUGAUAAUUGUGUAAGAUUUGAACCUACCUUUCGCUAUCAGUGUCUUAAAGUUAAUACUCAACAGAUAUUUAUUUGUAUACGUUACGCAACAAUUUCUGUAAAUAAUUAUGAAAUGAAUUAAGAUUAUAAAUGAAUGAUGAUUUUUAACUGCUUCUCACUGAGUUGCUGUUUUGCUUGCUGACUCAUGGGUGUCUAUUAUUUAUAAGAACUGGACAAAAGAUAACAACAUAAAUCUUGCAUUUAAUAAAUUUAAUUUUGUAUUACCGACGUUUUGUCUUUACACGUUACAAAGGUGUGAUGCGUAAUUUUCGAAACGGAAGCAAUGUAAAAUAUUGAAUAAAAAGAAAUCUACAUUUAUGAUAA